CAAACAGGGAAUGAUUUGACAAAAUGAUUUCAAGAUCACCUUUGAAUAACCUAUGCUUCAACAUAGGAAGACAAGCAAUAUUAUCCAACCAAAUCUUUUACCAUAGCUUCAAAGAAAAAUAUAUUGAAUCAUCAAAUAACAUUAAUUUAGACUUCUUACCUCAGUUACAUCAAAAUGGUCAUCUACAUGACCAAUUUAGCCUCAAUCAAAUCAUCUCAACCUGUGCAAAGUUGGGUUCUUUAUCAGUUGGAAUUCAAACCCAUUGCCAGAUUAUUAAAAUGGGGUUCGAUUCAAAUGUAUUUAUCAACACUGCUCUUGUUGAUAUGUACGGAAAAUGUGAUGUUGUUAUAGAAGCAGAGCAACUGUUUGAUGAAAUGCCUGAAAGAAAUGUUGUGACAUGGAAUGCUUUGAUUUCUGGUUAUUUGGAUACCCAUUACCCUGAAAAUGCGAUUUUGUUGUUUCUUGAAAUGUUAAGAGAGAGUAUUAGACCAACCCCGUCUAGCGUUUCGGCUGCGUUGGUUGGUUGUGCUCAGUUAGAAGCAUGUGAACUUGGGGCUCAGUUGCAUGGUUUGAUUUGGAAAAUUGGUUUUGCUUUGAAUGUUGUAGUUGGGACUGUUUUGAUUGAUAUGUAUUUGAAAUGUUUCGAUCUUGAGAUUUCGAGGAGAGUUUUCGAUCAAAUGACUGAAAGGAAUAUUAUUACUUGGACAUCAAUGAUUACUGGUUAUGGACGAAAUCGUUGCCCUUUUCAAGCUAUGAUUUUGUUCAAGGAAAUGUUGAAGUUGGGAAUUAAAGCCAAUUGUGUUACAUAUACGAGUUUGUUGAGCUCGUUUACUUGUUCAGAUUACUUGGUUCAUUGUGAGCAGGUCCACUGUCAUGUAAUACAGCAAUGUUUUCACACUAACCAUUAUUUGGUGGUGUCGCUGUUGUCUGCUUAUUCAGAGUGUAGUUGUAGCUUAGAGGAUUUUCGUAAGUUGUGCUCUGACGUUGUGAAAUGGGAUGAAAUCUCCUGGAAUGCAGUUAUUUCCGGUUUCUCUAAUUUAGGAGUUGGUGGAGAAGCCUUUUCUUGCUUUUCAAGAAUGAGGCGGGCUGGUUUUACUGUUGAUCAGUACACUUUUGCGAGCAUUUUGAAAGCAAUAGGGAACAUUUCUGGCCUGGAGGAGGGAAUGCUGACCCAUUGUCUAGCUCUGAAAACAGGAUAUGCUUCUGAAGUUGCCAUACAAAACGGGCUUGUUUCCAUGUAUACAAGAUGUGGUAGACUUGAAAAUGCCGAGAAAAUUUUCUCAUCAAUGGAGGAACGAGACCUCAUAUCGUGGAACUCACUUCUUACAGGGUGUGCACAUCAUGGUUAUGGUAGGGAUGUGAUUGUAAUGUUUGAAGAAAUGAGGAGAUGUGGUAUUAAACCAGAUCUAACCACAUUCCUUGCUGUAUUUUCAGCAUGUAGACAUGCUGGCCUGCUCGACGAAGGGCUUAAAUAUUUUGAUCUGAUGAAGAAUGACAAUUCUCUACCACCACCAAAGCUAGAGCAUUAUGCUUGCAUAGUCGACAUCUAUGGUCGUGCUGGUCAUCUACAUGAAGCAGAGGACUUCAUUAACAAUAUGCCAAUAGAGCCAGGACCUUCGGUUUAUAAAAGUCUACUGAAUGCUUGCCAACUACACGGCAAUAAGGGACUUGCUGUGAUUUCUGCCAAGAAGCUUGUUGAACUUUGUCCCAACGAUCCUGCAACGUACGUAUUGCUAGCAAAUAUGCUAGCAUCGGAAGGGAAUUGGAAUGACGCAGAGGGACAACGCAAGCUUAUGUUGGAUAGAGGAUUGAGUAAGAAACCUGGUUAUAGUUGGCUAUAAUUUACAAUAGGGUGGCAUCGUUACCAAUUUACAUGUUGCUAACGUUGUCGCAGACAAAAGCCUGGUAUUUAAGUGAAGAAAAAUAAAAGGUCGGACCCUUUAUCCACCGAGUUUCUAAUUGUGCACCACUGGCUCUUAGGAAUUUCAAGAUUAUCCUUUACUCGUUGACAUAACAUGAUACUAUGACAAGUGAAGUCUUUCGUCUCAACAAUUGUAGGCUACUAAAAUGGGAACCAAUCUGUACAUAUUGACUCUCAUUUGAUAGCUGUAGGUACUAGCUGAUUUGGCUGACAAUGAGAGACAAGGGUGAAUUUUUUAUUUUUUUUUUGUUUCCCCAUCCGGUGUCCGGGCGUUGGAGCCCGACUAAUCCAGAUUCGCGUCGUGUAGGGCCAUUUGAGGGGAAGCACUCCC